AUGUAUGUGAUUGUUAUUGCAGUGAAUGGCAUCACUGAAUGUUUUGCCAUGGCAACAAUGAAUCAACAACAGGUAUUUUAUCAUGGCUGGUUCCUCUUUUGUAUCUGUCCAGUUCACAUCCUGUUAUGCUCGGCGCUUUCAUAUUUUAUUGGUGUGUAUGGCUUGAUAUUUGCCAAUAUAAUCAACAUGCUGACUAGGAUCACAUACAGUUGGCGGCAUAUCCAACGAUUUUUAUCGGGCAAAAUUAGUUUCGCAGAAGCAUUACCGAACUCUUCGACUGUUGUCGUCCUUCUGUUUUGCCUUGCAGUAACAUCACUCUCACUUCUGAUUUUCGGAGGAGUUGGUGGUAUAAUGCACAGCGCAGCACAUGCAGCCGUCGGGGGUUCUCUUUUCGUUUUUACAGUCAGCCACAUCUAUCAGAAUGACGUGCAUGUUGCCAGGUGUGUUGGGAAACUAAAAAGGCUAGCUUUGCUUAAUGAUGACGAUCCGGAACUGAAGGCCAACAGUGCUCAACAAGACGGGCGGCCGUGCAGUACUCGCAUUCGUCGGCGUCUGGCUACAGCUCACACUAGCAGUCGGAGCUUUUCAGCAGUAAUCUGGCGAACUGAGUGGUCCUAA